AUGAGGGAAACCCUCUUUGGCAAAGGCGGUCUCGUGCCCGACCUCAUGAACAGCUGGGAGCUUCGCGCGAAGUUUGUGGCAGUUCAGAAGGAAGCUUCCGACUGCGCUGAAUGGAAGAAGCCGCUGGAGGUGGCACUCAGGCACCUCAGCUUCGCACCACAGAGGUGGGACUCCGAAGCCUCGCCGCUUCGGCGGUUUGCCGCGACCCUCGUGCCCGUGGCACUUUAUCUGGCGAUGCAAUCCACAGAUCGCCGACACAAGCCUGCCUUCAGACAAAAGUGUGCCGAGACUUUGAGGCGGCUGCAGCCGGCCUUCUUGGUAGACUGCGGCUUAUGCGGCGACUGGGCCCAAGAAUGGGUCCGCUUCUUGAGGGUCUUCGAUCGUGAAGACCACGAUUCGGCAUUAACUGCCAGGCAGAAGAGCGAGUUCAGCUCCAGGCUGACGACCCUCUUCGUGGAUUGCCAUAUCUUGGAUGACCCGGCAGACUCCGAUGCCACCACCCUGACGAGACUCAUUGUGCAGCAGGCUAUGCAGUGCCCGGGCAUACGCUAUGGCGAGAGCAUGCACUAUCUCUGGCCGGGCACCGCGAAGCACACCUUUGACCGAUGCAUCCAAAGUCUGCAUGCAGUGGCAGAUGUUGCACUUCAGGACCUCGACGGGGAGCUCAACGGCUUCGUUCUGGAUUUCACUGUGUGGGAUAUCAAGGCAUUCCACCUCGCCAAGAAGAAGCCCCAGGACUGGGACAAUUUCAAGAAACUCACGGACCUGAGGCUGCGGCGCCUGAUUCGGAGUGGCUUGAAGCGCUUAGAUGCUGCCGAGACCAUGCGCGAAUGGUGGACGGCGGCCCACUGCUUGCAGGAAGAGCUCGCUGCAAAGCUGGAUCGUGGAGAAGAAAUCGACAACAGGCAAGAAUGGCGAAAAGUUUUCGAUGAAGGCUUUGUCCGGCGAGCAACCUCGUGGGGCCACUUCAAGAUGUUGCCGUCGUUUCUGAACUACUACCUCGGUUUUCGCGACUCCUCGACAGGAGUGGAAAGGGCUCUGGCGCAGCUGACACGGCUGCGGAAUGCUCAUCUCGGGCCGUUAUGCGUCACCAUGCACGAUUUGCUGGAAAUAGCCAUGGACGGACCUUCGUCGGAGGAGGACCUGGCCAGCCGCUUCUUCGAGGACGGGGACAGAGACGUCGUUUUGCGGGCGACUGACAUGAGCUUGGAGCUCGUGCACCUCUGGCGCUCCAUGUUUGGAUCGCGCUUCCGGCUGUACAAGACCAGGGCCGACAAGGGGCAGCCUCGUGUCAAACGUGGAGGGACGGAGGCAAGCCUCAUUCGGCAAACCGCUGCAGGCACUGAUCUUCUAGUUCGCAAUGCCGGCACCGUGUCAGAUCGCAGCAAGACGAUCUUGGGUGUAAAGAGGAAGGACCUUCCUCAGCACGACACGCUGCAGCGCAACCCGCAGUUCAACCAGAGCCUCGAGGAUGUGUACAACAGUGCAGCCCAAAAGAAGCAGAAGAAGCUGGAUGCACGCAACCAACGGCGGGAUCAUCCAGAGAGCCGUGCUUAUGAACCUGGUCCCCUUCGUAAGGCCCAGCUAGUUGCUGAACCGGUGCCGCCCAGAUCUGCAGGCUACAACUACACCAGGAAGCAAAUCGCCAAAGUUGUGGAUCUGACUGUGGGUGGGUCUGCAUUUCGCUGCGACUCAGCGACGAUAAUGAGGCCUUCAGGGCAAGCUGACAUCCUGAGCUUCCUCCAAACGAGCGACCUGAUCGUGGUGUCCUCUUUCGCACAUCUGCAGUUUGCACCCAAGUUCAACGACGUCCUGUGGCUAGGCACAAAAUAA